AUGAAAAAAUUACCAAAAUUACCAAGUAGUUAUUUAGAACCCAAAAUAUUUGAUAACAAAUACAUAGUCAAAGAGUAAUUAAGUUCAGGUUCAUUUGGUGUUGUGUAUUUGGCAAUUCACAAGGUGACAAGAGAGGAAGUGGCUGUGAAAUUGGAGAAAGGACAAUAAGAGACCUUGGAUAGAGAAGUUUAUUUGCUAACAAAAUUGCAAGGCAUACUUGGCGUAACAAAAUUGUUUUGGUUUGGUCGAGAGCAAUGCUAUAAUGUGAUGGUUAUUGAAUUACUUGGAAAAGACUUAGGUUAUUAUGGAAAAACAUAUAAAUAACUAUCACUUAAGAGCGGAUUAUAGUUGUUGGAAUAAUUGAUAACAAUUUUUAAUUGUGUGCAUUAAAGGGGAAUAGUCCAUAGGGAUCUCAAACCUGAAAAUAUUAUGAUGGGCAAAACCAAUACAUCAUAGGCAUUUUUAGUUGAUUUUGGGGUUUCGAAACAAAUAUUCGACAAGGGAAAGCAUAUGUAAUACUAAUUAGUUGUUAUGUUAUAGACCGUUCAAAGACAAGAAAUCGUUUAUAGGUACAGCUAGAUAUGCCUCGGUUGCAGCUCAUAAGGGAUUUGAGAUUGGAAGGAAGGAUGAUCUAGAAUCCUUGAUGUACGUAAUAAUAUAUCUGAUUCUUGGGUAAAGAAAUUAACUGAUUGAGGAAAACUGCCUUGGUAAAACCUAUAGAAUAUUGGUGACAAGGACAGGACUGUUGCUGUCGGAGAAGUUAAGAUUGCUACUUCUAUAUAAACUCUGUGCAAAGAAUUACCUCCCGCAUUUGCUGAAUAUUUGAAGUAAGCGUUGUAAAAUUACAUUUAGUUACCUAAAGGGUUUGAAAUACGAAGAUCAACCAGAUUAUGAAUUACUGAAAAAAA